AUGUCUAUUUUAUUUGAUACAGAAUUAUAUAUAUUAAACUUAGUGUCAAUAUUGGAUUCCAAGUACCUUGUUCGAGGGAAUACAUAUAAUAUAGAUAACUCCUCUUUUCCAGCUAUACGUCGAGGAACAGACAACCAGCCGGCUAAGAAACCACGCAGUGAUGGCAGUGGGAAUGAGAACGCCAGCAGUGGGAGGGAUCACCUGGCCUAUGGCUGUCUUCUCCGCAAUGAGCUCCUGGGUGCACAGAUCGAAGAGUUGAGGGGUCCUCCAGCACCCUGCUCAGAUGGGAAUAGAGCCGCGCUGGGUUCUGUCCAGUUGCCAGGGACCGCUCAGGCCUUUUCACCGCCAGUAUUUAGGUUCAGAGCACAACCACAUAACGCUGAGGUGAGUUUUUUUUUGGGUUAUUAUACUCUAUGA